UUGUGUUAGUCAGUGCUUGUCCAUGUGGUCUUAUCCUCUCUACACCAGUUGCUACUUUCUGUGCACUUACUAAAGCAGCAACUUCAGGGCUUCUGAUCAAAAGUGCUGAUUAUCUUGACACUCUCUCAAAGAUCAAGAUCACUGCCUUCGACAAAACCGGGACUAUUACCAGAGGAGAGUUCAUUGUUGUUGAUUUCAAGUCACUCCAUAGAGACAUAAGCCUACGCACUUUGCUUUACUGGGUAUCAAGUGUUGAAAGCAAGUCAAGUCAUCCAAUGGCAGCAACAAUUGUGGACUAUGCAAAAUCUGUUGAUGUUGAGCCUAGAACUGAAGAAGUUGAGGACUAUCAGCUCUUUCCAGGUGAAGGAAUCUAUGGUAAGAUUGAUGGUAAUGAUAUCUACAUAGGGAACAAAAGGAUUGCUUCUAGAGCUAAGUGUUCAACAGUUCCAGAGAUUGAAGUUGAUACCAAAGGAGGAAAGACUAUUGGAUACAUCUAUGUUGGUGAAAGACUAGCUGGAGUUUUCAAUCUCUCUGAUGCAUGUAGAUCAGGUGUUAUUCAAGCAAUGAAGGAACUAAAAGAUCUUGGAAUCAAAACCGCAAUGCUAACUGGAGAUAAUCAAGAUGCAGCUAUGCAUGCUCAAGAACAGCUAGGGAAUGCUCUGGAUGUUGUACAUGGAGAACUACUUCCAGAAGACAAAUCAAGAAUCAUACAAGAGUUCAAGAAAGAAGGACCAACUGCAAUGGUAGGAGACGGUGUGAAUGAUGCACCAGCCUUAGCCACAGCUGAUAUUGGUAUCUCCAUGGGGAUCUCUGGCUCUGCGCUUGCAACACAGACUGGUGAUAUCAUUCUAAUGUCAAAUGAUAUCCGAAGGAUACCACAGGCCAUAAAGAUAGCGAGAAGAGCUCGGCGCAAAGUUGUCCAAAACGUGUUCAUAUCCAUCAUUUUCAAAGUAGGAAUACUGAUUUUGGCAAUUUGUGGUCAUCCUUUGAUUUGGGCUGCGGUGCUGGUUGAUGUAGGGACUUGUCUGCUGGUGAUUCUCAACAGUAUGUUGUUGCUGCGAGAGAAGGACAAGAGCAAGAACAAGAAGUGUUACAGGUCUUCUGUGUUGAAUGGUACGAAACUUGAAGGAGAGGCGGAUGAAGAGG